CCCCUGUACCGGCCAGCUCGAAGCUUGGGAGCCAACGCAGAUCGAAGCGGCGCUGAAGCCCCUAGGUCAGGCCUAGAAGAGAAAUGAGGCUGCCUGUUUGUGAAUGGCAUUCCGCCUUAGCUCAUCUGCGGUUUUCCUACAUCUUUCAUUCACCACUUCCCGAGAUUCCGUUGGAUGCACAAGGUUCGUUAUUUGAGUUUGUUGUCACUGUAAGUUGUGCGCACUACCGAGGGACAUGCACAUUUUACGCUUUCACGGAAGACAUGGCACUCAACACGCCCUCACCCCUGUCGUGUGAGGCUUGAGAUAUUUCCUGAUGACCCAUAAAAGUGGAGAACUUCCGUCCAAAUCAAGGAAUUGCGAUGGCGUCCCCAAGCUUGGACUUCCUCUUCAUCUCAUCUCAUGAUGUCCUCGCAACAAAAGUUUCCAUCCCCGCCAAAAGAACUGAGGGUCUUUCUUGAUAAUCUCCCCAAAGAUGAGCAUGACUGGCAGCAUAAGAGGCAGGCCAAAGGUGUCGACACGUGGGAAGGUCUGCGCUCAUUCGUUCAGGGGCUCAUCCACGGCUCUACCAAUGAGCGCGAUAUACUUAACAUCUUCAGGGUGAUGCUCUGCAUCGUGGACUUGAAAACAGGGCGGAGUAUGGCUGAGGUCAACAACAUGAUGGGGGGUUUCAUAAACGAGACAAAACCUUUGAAAUUGACAAAAUCCGAAGACCAUCACCAACGCCUCAGAGCCUCCGCCUUCAAGCUGCUAAAAUGUAUGCGUCGACUAUCCGAGAGGAUCGGAUAUCGCGCAUAUGAAUGCGUUCUACUCCAUGGCGGCCUUACUUUGACUUCCAUGCGAGCGAUUCCAGACGUCGACCUCAGUCCUAUGUACCCUCGAGCGGGACAAGGGGAAGUCUUGCCACUCUCUCUGUGUCCUUCCAAUAUCAUAAAACUAUGGCGACCGGACAUUUCCUAUAAGGCUAUCUGCAAGGCACUGGGAAUCACAGUUCCUGAAAGCGAUUUUGAGAGAUUCUCCUGGGCCCUAGAUAAUAGGGUCUUAUUAUAUUACGAUCCUGUACGAGAUGCGAAUAUUGGAGUCGAAGAGGAAACUAGUACGAACAGCGAAUAUGACCUUUACGCGGCGUUAUUCGACACCAGAGAUUGUAAGGCCACCGCGCCAUCUGACAUCGGUCCCUAUGCGAGUUGCCCUACAUCGAACAUACUGCAGAGCAAACUUUUGGCGGCUGGCGAUACCCAUGAGAUGAGAAAAACGAUAAGGAGUCUUAUUUCCAACACAGCUGGACUCCUUCGCACGACAAGGCACGCAAACAGGCAACCGCUGAGUUAGUCCGUUGUGGUAUUCUGAAAGAUGAAUACGCUGGAGUCAGGGAGCUAGCGAUCCAUCACAGGUCUGGCCCAGUGAAGGGGGCAGAUGA